ACGAGCUGGGUGAGCCCAGCCCAGCCCUGCAGAGAGUGGGGCUCUGCGGAGCAGACUGAAGCCUUCAGACGCACCCAAACCCUCCUUUCCCGGGGUCUGCCUGCAGGUGAGUGCCUGGAUGCUGUGGCUUUCCCAUCAUUCCUUCGUUACCACCUUUAAGCAGCCUCUGAGUCCUGCAAUUCCCACUGGCAACAGGGAAUCUGCCUCCGCUCCUGGUGCUUUCCUAUGGACAUGCUGGAAGCUGGGAUGGAGAGGGAAGAGGGGGAGCCCCUGCCCGGGGAGGCGGAGGAGAUGAGUGGAAGCGGCACCGUGACCCUGGACCCGGGCAGCGCCAGCCCCUUCCUCCUGCUGGCUGCCGACGGGCGGGGCGUGCGCCGCGGGGACGAGUGGAGCCCGGUGCCGGACACGGCCGAGCGCUUCGAGCCGGAGCCGUGCGUGCUGGGCAGCCCGGGCUUCGCUGCGGGGAGGCACUGCUGGGCCGUGGAGGUGGCCCAGGGGGGUCAGUGGUGGGCGCUGGGGGUGGCGCAGGAGUCCCUCAGGAGGAAGGGGGUCCUCAGCUUCACCCCGCAGGAGGGGCUCUGGGCCGUGGGGCAGUGGUUCGGACAAUUGUUCGCUUUCACUGACCCGGACUGGACCCCCCUGCACCUCCCCUGCGUGCCCCGGGCCAUCCAGGUGUGCCUGGACCUGGCCGACAGGACGGUGGCCUUCGCUGACGCCGAGACCCAGGCCCCCAUCUUCACCUUCUGCCUGGAUUCGCAUCCCGGGGAGCGGCUGCGGCCCUGGCUCUGGCUGGGGAAGGACUCGUGGCUGCAGCUGUGGCCCUGA